AUGAUCCUACUUCAUCGUCCCUUCCUCAAAUCGACUGAUUCGUCCCGGGGGUUCGCCUUGUCCGCAGCAAGCCAAUCAGAUGUCCACACGGUGGCGUGCCGUAAAGCUGCUCAAUGGAUAGCCAGGAUCUUUCGGAUAUAUUUGAAAAACUUUUCUCUCCGCACAAUACCAAUCUCUGCGGUACACUGCGCUUUUACGGCUACUGUGAUAUUCUUGGCAGAUGCCACGUCGGGGGACAAUGAUCUUCGAAAAGAGUCUCUGAAGGACCUUGAGACUUGCUUCGAGAGCCUGCAGAGGAUGAGUAUCGCGUGGGGCUGGAGCAAGCGUGCCAUAUCUGCGUUGCAACAGAUCGCUAGACGGUGGGACGUCGAGAUCACUAGCACAGACGGAAGUUGUGUUUUGGAUGAGACAGCCACCUAUCAGCCCGGUGGGGAUGGCGAAGACUCCUUUUCCCGCCUUCUAUCGGAAGCGACGGCUCAGCAAUCGGCGGACAGUUGGCUUGACCUGGGUACUUACUUGGAUCACCCUGCAGAGUGA